AGAUAGAAAUAGAGAGGGAGAGAGAGAUAGAGAACGAAAAAAAAAAAUGAUUGGCGGCAAAUCGCCAAAAUACUAAUGGCAUACCGGUACGAACGAGAUGCACAAGCAGACCAAGCAAGGGAAAAUGUUAAUCACUCGAAAUGAUCCUUCGAAUUGUUCACGCCAAACCUAUAUACUAAUCAGUGUGCCAAGAAAAACAUUAGACGAAAUAGAAAAAAAUGCAAAAAGUUUGCAAUAUACGAGUUCAAUGAGUGUGUUUUUUUCUCUUCAAAUUAAAACGACGAAUUUCGCCAAAUAGCCGAAGGCUAGAGAAAAAAAACACCACGUCGAAAAGAAGAGAAACAGAAGAACAUACACAUAUGCAUACAUAUAGCAGCCCGAUACACAUCGACAACGCACACAGCACACGACGAGAGAGAGAGAGACUUCACUUGUAAUCAACAGGGCAAAUAAAAACAAAAGCAAUCACACCGAACUCAAAUUGGGCAUACGUGUUCUGUAUGCGUUUGUGUCGAUAUUGAAUCGGGUGCAUAGAUUUAUGCUACUGUCAGUCGUGACUUUCAUUCACUUAUUCUCUCUAUCGCUCUUGCACUCACACACACAUUUUGGAGAAAAGUGAAAUCAAAGUGAACAAAAAAAGACAUUUUUUUUCUUUUUGAAACCGUAAAGCGCAACCAACUGUUCUAUUCGUAUUGUUUUAUUUUUCGGUUCGGUGAGUACAGUUGAAAGAAGCUCGUUCGCAUCAUCGCAUGUAUAAAAGUGUUGAAAAGUUAUAUAUUUUUUUUGGCAUCGUGAUUAGAUGACUGCAUUCAACGUCACCGUCAUAAAGACACAACCAAGAAAAUGCCACUAUCCGGAAAUCUUUUAAUUGGUUUAUCACCGACAUGUGUUGUGGCAUUCUUGUGUUUUUCAUUGAUCACCAUCACAAAUGUGUCGUUGGUUGAUGGUAAAAUUUGCCAGGACAUUGAUAUUCGCAACAAUCCAAGAGAUCUGAAUAAACUAAGAGAUUGCACCACGAUUAUGGGCAGCCUAUCGAUUGUGUUGAUAGAAAAACUCAGUUAUGGUGAUUUAUCAAAUUAUACAUACCCUGAAUUACGAGAAAUCACUGGAUACUUGCUGUUUUUUCGUGUAUUUGGAAUCAAAUCGUUUCGCAAUAUAUUUCCAAAUUUGAUGGUAAUCCGUGGUGAGCGACUAAUCACUCAUUAUGCAUUGAUAAUAUACGAUAUGCCUGGUUUGUCUGAGAUCGGUCUUACUUCAUUGAUAAAAAUUCAGCGUGGCUAUGUCAUGAUUAGAUACUGUCCAAUGCUUUGUUACAUUCACACUAUAAAUUGGGAGGCAAUCACACAAGUUCGUGUUGGCAGUGGUUUGGGUAAUUAUUUAGAUUAUGAUUCAUUCAGUGCGUGCCCGUCAAAGUGUCCAGAAAUAUGCGCCACAAAUAAUUGUUGGAACAACAAAAAUUGUCAAAUCUUCGAAACAGACAAAAGCACCAUUCAACCAAAUGUGACGUGUCAUGAGGAGUGCCUGGGCAAUUGUGUCAAUGCAUCGGCCAACGGUUGUUUGGUAUGCAAACAUUUACAAAUUAUGAAAACGCAAACGUGCGUCGCCGAAUGUCCGAAAAAUCUAUUUGUCUAUAGUAGUUUUUGUGUUGAAGCCGAUUAUUGUAUAAAAAUGGACAAAAAACCGAUAAUGGGCGAGUGUCGUCAUUCAUGUCCGUUGAUCAUAUCCGAAGCGAAUGUGAAUAUAUCAAGUAUUGAACAAUGUGCACGUGAAUGUCCGGGUACCGAAAUCGAUUCGUUGGCAACAAGUGAUUUAUUACGUGGCUGUCAAAUAGUUAGAGGUGAUAUUUUUAUUCGUCUUCAGUCGGGCGUUUAUAAUACAAUGGAGAUAUUGGAACGAAAUUUGGGUGAUAUUGAAGAAAUUGAAGGUAUUUUAAAAGUGCAUCGAUCGCCGGUCAUCACAUCAUUGUCGUUUUUUCGAAGUUUACGCGUUAUUCGUGGCACUCAAGUGGAAGCCGGAAAAUACACAUUCAUUGUGAUGUCGAACGAAAAUCUACAGGAAUUAUGGAAUUUUGAUGUGAAAAGAACACUAGAACUAUCACGUGGAAAUUUAUUGGUACAUUUUAAUAGUAAACUGUGUUUGAAGAAAAUUUAUGAAUUGCAACAAGUGUUAAAAACAAAUACGAGCGCCGAUUUUAUCAGUCCCGAAUCAAAUGGGUAUGAACAAACGUGCGUGGCAAGGCAGAUUGUUGCAUGGAGCCGAGUUAUAUCGAGUACACAAGUUGAAAUCCUAUGGCAUCGAAUCAAUGUUUCGGAGACGGAAAAAGUUAUUGGUUAUGAAAUUGCCUAUAUUGCUUCACGGGAGAAAAAUGUUAGUCGUAUCGGCAUUGAUACAUGUAUUGGCUAUGGAUGGGAAACACACAUAGUGCUAAAUGUGACCGAUGAUCCUCUAGUAAAAAUUCACAGUUCCAUAAUCAGUGAAUUAACGCCAUACACACAAUAUGCAUAUUACGUAAAAACAUCUGUGGUGCAAAAAGCGCAUGAAGAAGAAAAGCUUGGUGUCAGUCAGGGUUUGAGUAAUAUACUCUACUUUCAAACAACUGCCGAAGCUCCAACGUAUCCCGUUGUUGAGACACAGAAAAAGACUAGCACGUCGAUAACACUGACGUGGCAGCCGAUGUUUGACAACGAAUGGAUUGAAUAUUACAAAUGUGAUAUAUUCAUUCAGAAGGAUGAGCAUGAGCUGUUGGAUACACGUGAUUAUUGUGAAAAUCCUCGUGUCGAUAUGCACGUGAGUAUUGGCGUCGAAAUUAGUCCAAGUGCUAUGUAUCAAAGCUGUAAUGCUGAAUUUGAAGAUUGGAAAAUUGCCAAUCCGGACAGCGUUGAUCCCGAGUACGAAUGGAAAAUUCACCGAAAAGCUCAUUGUGCCCAAAUACUAUCGCGUCAAGUGAGAGAAAAGGGUCAAUCACAAAUCAUGAAAUAUGUAAAAAAUCAUGAGAUUGUCAGUUGCAACAGUGAUGAAAGUUGUCAAGAUACCAUUGUGCGCAGAUCACGUCAAAUUCAUAGUCUACUGCCGGACGAUGGGGUGGAUCGAUUCCGAAACAGUAGCACAAAUUUGGGUCUUCGACAUUUGAGAACAAUUCGUUUUCCAUCGGAACGAUUGAAUGCAACCAUUUAUGAUUUAUUACCAUACACGCUAUAUAUUUUCCAAUUUUUUGCAUGCAAUCGAUUAAAUUGUAGUUCAUACUAUUUUUAUUAUGAUCGAACAGAAAGUUCCGUUUAUGCAGAUUCAAUUCCAUCGCUUGUGGUCGCAUUCGAUCCACACGAUUCGAAUAUGGUGCAUUUGGAUUUUUCCGAACCACCACAACCGAACGGAUUAACAGUGGCAUUCGAAAUUGAACAGCAUGAAUUGGCCAUAUUUAAUGCAACAGUUGUGUGCAUCACACGGAAGGGCCACUAUGCAAAUGGAAAAAGAUACACAUUUAAAAAUUUGAAAAAAGGUCAACACAGUUUUCGUGUGCGAUCCGUUUCACUGGCAAUGACUGGCGCCUACAGCGAGUAUAAAUUCAUCAAUAUUCUUUCUGAUAAGCCAUCCCCAGCUACCGUUGUUGGAACCGUGUCGCUGCUUUUGGUUUGCAUAUUUGCCGUAUCAAUAAUGGUGUUCUGCUUCAUGCGUUAUAAGAGGCGCCAUCGUGUUUGUGAUAUUCACACUAGCCGACAAAAUAUUUUAAUGGAAAUGGAGGAGUUUGAUCGGCCACAAGAAGACGAAAUUCCGUCAUUCUUUUUUUCACAAAGAAGUAGAAACGAUAUUAGAGAAGUAUUCUAAUUAUAAACAGUACACACAGAGAAAUUUUACAAAGAAAACUAGAUGGCACGAUGGGAACCAGUAUCGUAUAUUCCCCAUACAAAUUAAUUUUAUCGAUUCUACGAAUACGACAUCUGUUGAAAAAGAUACCGAUUUUUGUUACUACUGUUGCUUUGACACAGCUCGAACGAACUUUACGGCUAUGGCUGUAUUACAGACGAACUAAUACAAAAGAACACACAGACUCCGAUCCUGUGUAUGCGUAUGUAUUGUAAAUUUUGCACAAGCAGCUACGAUUGACGACUGAGUGCAGAAUUUGUAAUACAUAUGCAUACACAGAAUCGGAGUCAGUGUGUUCCUUUGUACGUUUACACGAGCUGUAUUUAAACACCACUAGUUACAGAAAUCGGCGAGUUUUUUAGUAGAUAGAAUUGUAUUUGUCCAUAUAAUCUUCAUGUAAAAUAUCGUUUUUGUGUAUUCCCUUUUGUGCGGAUCUUCUUCAAAAGACAAACGAAGAAGAACCGCACAAAGAAGAAUACACAAAAACGAUAUUUUGUAUGAAAUUAUAUGAACAAAUACAAUUCUAUACGGAGUGUCAACUUGUUCCGAAUUUUAUACGAUAAGCCAUCUAGUUUUCAUUGCAAUAUUUCUCUUUGUGCAAUUGCAUCAGGAAAUAACAAAUUUUUGAUCUUGUUCAACAAUUUUUUCUUUAUUUCAUCAUCUUCGGGUAGCAAAAGAACAAUUUAAAAUUCAUUGUGCCUUUUAGUAGUACUAUGUCAUUUGUAUUUAAGUCAUUUAAGAAUAAUUUUUUUUAUUUCCAUUCAUACA